AAAUAAAUAAAAAUGAAUUAAACGAUCGUGAAAUGUGAAGUGCGCAGCGAUUGAUAUUAGCGUUGGGCAAUGCCCUCAACGCUGCCCAUAUAAUUAUUUUUUCUUCUCUUCUUGCGUGUAAUAACGAGAGAGGAUUCCCAAAGUACAAAACCUAACGGCCUCGCACAGAAUGGGAGACGAGGCGGCAUAUGAUAAAAAUUCAAAGCAUGAAGACGAGCCCGCGUGUUCAUUGUACGUGUCCAGAGCCACCAACAGUCAUCCUCAGGGUUUGCCGGAUGAGUUGUCAAAAGGCGAUUUGGAGGAGGCCAUACGUGAAUCAGAACCAUCUGGCAGCUGGAAUGUCUCGCAAACAUCCUGUGGGUUAAUUGUCACAUUUUCUCUAGAAGCAGAUGCUGAAAAACUUGUUCAACGUGGUAAUUUAUCCCGUGUCUUCCAAGGAUCCAUUCAGGUGGCCCGAUUUUCAGCUCGUGACUCGCGCUAUCGACAAUCAGUAUUCUUGCGUGAUGUUCCCUGGGCAAUACCACUCGAAGAUCUCAGCUCAGCGCUGGUCAAGCAGGGCAUCAAUAUCUCCGCGAUCGAGAGAUGCCGGCAGUAUGUCCGGGUUGAGGUACUGGAUGCUAGUCAGUAUGAACACCUUCUGCGUCAAGGUCUAGACUUCUUCGGAGCCGCGCGAUUCAGUGCACUGCCAGAGCGUAUCAGUUGGUGGCGACCAAGUGCCAAUGGAAUAAAUGGACCCCAUCAGCUGGCAAUUAUUCCAGGUAACGCUACUGAAGGAUCCAACCCCCAGCAACCUGAUGGAGUCCUUCAGUGCUACCGAUGCCAGGGAUUUUGGCACGUGGCUGCUAAUUGUAGACAUCUUCCUAGAUGUGUGCGUUGCGGCGAACCUCAUAGCGUUGAAUUUUGCUCUCGUCCUCGGAACAAUCCAAUCUGCUGCCAUUGCUCUGGUCCUCAUCACGCUGGAUUUCGACAGUGUCCAGUGAGACUGCAGCUUCUUAACGCCACGCCAAUAAGCAUAACUCUGAGCACGAGCCGCAGUGCCCAUGAUUACGCUCUUAAGUCGAACCUCUCCCAAGGUCAACAUGCUGCGACCCCAAAUCAUCAACCAUGAAAAAUAAUGAGGACUUUUAACACCAAGAUCUGAUAUCUAAAUUACAUAUCAUUUAAAUAAACGACGACAAGAUAAAUUUUAAACGAUACAUAUUUUAAAAAUGUACUAGAUUUUUUUUUUUAAUAUUUUUUACUCAAAUAUAAAUUACGUGUACCAGUUUGCCAUAUUUUUUAGUAUUAAAAAAAUUUAUUUAUGCUAAAUUUAUUUACAAAUCACGUAUGCGCGCU